AAUCAAUUCAAAGUUGCAUUAGGUGAAGGAAGGGCAUGGCAAUAUAGGUGUGCAGCAGCAUAUGAUGGGAGUGGUGAAAUGUGAAAUAUCAAGACACGAGUCAACAUCCGAAGAGAUCUCCAGUCGAGAAAGGGCAUAGCGUGAGAGAAAGAUAUAUCGUAAACGUAAAACGCAUAACGAAGUUCGUCUCUGGCCGUCUGUCGGCUGCAUCUAAAUAUAUCGAAAUUGUUGCCAGCCAAAACACUGUCGUAGCCCCCUUUCAGUGCUGUAUCUGGAGUGAUGCGCGAAAAAUCCAUUUUCCGCAUGUUUCGCGGAACGUUUCCCCAGCUCAUCGCUGUACUGACAGGUACAAUCGGAGCCAUCUCAGAUGGCAUGCACUACGGCUGGACAGCUCCAGUCCUCCAAAUCCUAGAUAGGCCAGGCACUCCCAUCCACCUUUCAUCCUCCGACCACCUAUGGCUGGAAUCGGUGUACAUGAUCGGCGGUCUAGCCGGCCUACCCCUCACCAUCUUCGCCGUCGACAGAAUCGGCCGCAAGGGAUCCAUCCUCCUAUCAGCUUCCAUCGCUCUGCUGGCCUGGAUCCUCAUAGCUUUUGCCGAUGACGUCAUCUACCUCUACGUUGCUAGAUUCGCUGUAGGGCUGUCUGGAGACGUAGCCUUCGUAGCAGCUCCUAUGUACAUCGCUGAAAUAGCAGACAAGAACAUCAGAGGAUUCCUUGCAGGCAUUAUCUACGUCAUGAUGCUUGUUGGCAUACUCGUUAUCUACGCAGUAGCUCCAUAUGUACCCUUCUACGUUCCUUCUAUCAUAGGCGGGAUAAUUGUUAGCGUACAAUUAAUUACAUUUCCUUUUGUGCCAGAUUCACCUUACUAUCUCAUCUCUAGAGGGGAAGACGAAAAGGCGAAGAAGCAUUUGAAGAGACUCAGGGGCACUGACAAUGUAGACAAGGAGCUGUCAGAGAUCUCGGCAGCUGUUAAGCGGCAGAUAAGCGAAAAGGGAAGACCACAGGAUCUGGUACUAUCCAAGAGCAACCGGAAAGCUAUUCUCAUUAUGUUUGUACUAAAUGGUGCCCAGCACUUCAGCAGCAUCAGCGUGAUGCUGAUGAACCUACAUCAGAUCCUUUUGGCAGCUGAUUCGGUAUACCUCAGCUCUGAAGUAGCAGGCAUUAUUUUUGCGGCCUUGAUGCUGAUAUCGGCGACCAUUGCUGAUUUUGUAGUGGACAAGUUUGGACGUAAAUCGCUGCUCACCAUUUCCAGCUUGCUUACGGGAGUCUCUCUUCUCGUUUUGGCCAUUUUCUUCACUCUCAAAGCACGAGGUUUCAAUGUAGAGAGUAUUUCUUGGAUACCAGUGGUUUCGGUUAUGGUUUAUGCCGCAGUUUUCAAAUUCGGCUUGGGUAUCAUACCGAUUGUCAUGACAGCUGAGCUGUUUCCAGCCAAAGUCAAAGCGAUGGGAAUGACAAUCGCUGACUUCUGUUAUCUUCUAUUUGGCUGGAUAUCGGUGGAAAUUUACCAGAGGUUAUCAGAGAAUGUUGGAUACGAUGUCCCAUUCUAUUUAUUCGCAGCUUCUUGUCUACUCACAGCCAUAUUCGUACAAGUUUACAUUCCUGAAACGAAGGGGAAAACCCUGGAAGAGAUUCAGUUCAUUCUGAAAGGGAUUCCAUUUCCAAUUAGGAGUAAUAGCAUAAGGUCAGACACGAUAUCUGUUGGUGCUGUUGCAGAAAAAACCGAACAAGCAAAAGAAAGUACCGAAAGUAAAAUUUAGUUUUCAGAGAGGCAAUUCUCAGGUAUAUACUCUUCAGUACAAGUGAGGUGCUACGAGAUAUCUGACUUUUAGUCGACAUUAAUUGAUUCAGGUAUCAUGUGCCAUCAUUAUGCAUUCCAAUGGAAUUCUUAUUUCAUAUUUUGAACGGAUGAUACUCUGAGACUCUCAUGCUUCAGCAUUUCUGUGAUGGUUGUGAGCAAGGAGUGAUAGGUUUAACCGCUGAACAUGGGUGAUUCAUCAACAGUAUUUAUGUAAAUGCGUGCCUUUGAUAGUUUGAAAUGGAACACACAUUUGAAUAGAAUUAUUUUUUGAAAUACAUUAAAAAUUGUUAAAUUAUCACGUUGAUAUGUAUUUUCAUUCGUCUAUACGAAUAAUAAAAAACAUUUUUUUUGUCACAGCACUUUCGUGUCCCAA